GAAUAAGUUCUAAUUUCGGGUGAAAAACGCCGUUUCUAGCUAGCCAGUCAUGGCGGAAAAUCAGGACAUAAACAAAGAAAAGGACUCGCCCGUUCCCGCUGCAGACGUACCGCAGUUGGAUCUGAGCAAAUCUCCGAAACAGAUUUAUUUCGAACUGCUGCGAACAUGGGUCUAUCACGCAGAGAUGCAGAACCAGAUGAACGCGCAUUUUCCGUAUUAUCUGAUGAACAACUAUCCCCAGUUGUUUCAGCUGAAUGCUGGAGGUGCAGUGCCCUCGGCAGAUUCGAGCUUGGCCGCCUUUAUGACUGGUGCGGCCACUACCACUACGGCUGGUAGCGGUACCGUUACGAGUGCAUCCGCUACAUCCACUGCCGGUGGUCACGGACAAAAUGAGGUGUUGAACCGUGGUCAAAACGAAACGAACGAUCCAUCUCGACCCGAUAAUGCAAUUAAUCGUCACGAAUGGUAUGCGUACGUGAUUGCACCGCUUUGGAAACGGGUUGUGGCUGAAAUCAUCGAUAUUGCUAUAAUUUUCCUGCUAAAGAUAAUGACGACGCUGGCGUUCAUAGAUGCGUUCGAUAUCGAUCUAUUGUACAUGGACUUGGACGCACUUCGUAAUUCCUUCGAAGAAGAUUAUAGUGAGCUGAUAUCGCUAACUUCGGAGCUGAUAUUUCUUGAGAUUGCGAUAAAACUGGCGGUUUGCAUCUACGAAGCCGUCUGGACGGCACACGUGCAGGUCAUACCAGGCAGCGCGACACCCGGGAAGAUGCUGAUGGGUCUGCGGAUUGUGUAUGCCGAAUCGGUUGCCGUCAUGGGGCCUCCCGGAGGUCCGCAACAGGGUUUGCUUAGCAACCAGACACCGAUUCGGGCGUUACUGUAUCCGGCAACCACACCAAGCUUCGGUCGGGCGUUGGCACGUGCCGCGGUAAAGAACAUCAUGAUGACGUUCUUCUUUCCCAUGUGUCUGCUGUUACUAUGCUUCAGGCAGAAUCGGUCCAUCUACGAUGUCAUGACCAAAACAGUCGUUGUAGAGGAUAACCCGAAUCCGGUGGUGCGACGACGCUAGAGAUGCAUUGCCCAUUGGCGAUGGAGAUGCCGGUUCGCAAAUGUAUAUAUCAAAGAUGAGGAGAUGAUUGGGUUCCGCGGAAAUCAUCUCGAAGUCUGCUCUAAAAGCCGGAAGGCGUUUACGGUCGUGCCAAGUGGCGCUUCUCGAGCGCAGAGGAACCGUAGAAGGACAAAUUACAGUUAACCAAAUACAACCACACCAAGGUGAAGAGUUACGUUGGCACAGUAUAAUAAUAAAUGUACAAAUCA